AUGACAGAAACUUACCAGGCUCUGACGAAGUACCAGUGGGAGUUCCACCUCCUGCUACAAUCACGGCAAGCAUUGGAGCUGCAGGUCCCUCGGGACUACGAGCAAGAACAGCAGCUCAACUCCCAAGCCAUGGAGAAGCUGAAUCGAUACCAGCUAUACAGGGAGCUGCAUCUCCGCCAGUAUCAACUGGUGGACAGGUUCCCCGCCCCAUGGGAAGAACUACCCUUGCGAAGCACUAUCUCCGCGGGCAACCCGGGAAUGAGAAUAGUGACAUACCUUGACGACUGGCUAGUGCCAGUCUCCAGAUCAGAGGACUUGCCCUCCAAACAGACCCUGACACAGCCUCUUGGUACGAACAUAAUGACGGACGACUACGAGCUCUUCUCAUCCAUCCCGACGAAUUCUCCUAGUAUGUCAACAGAGAGCUCCUUCCAGCUCUCCUCUUCACCAGAGAACUGGGCGCCGUCCAACCAAGUAGAACCGACCCCUUCCGCGUUGUCGUCUGGAAUGUACCACGUCCUGGAGAACGUUCCACGCCUAUACCAAAUCCAAGAAGGACUCCGCACACAGUCGUGGAACGCCCUUCACCAAGGCCACGGGAAAGUCGUACAGCACAUAGCAAUCCCACGACGUCCUCCUCUCACCGGGUACGAAAUUUUCCCUUAUCCCAUGGGGGUACCGACGAGGAGGAACCACCCGUCUAUCGAAGAAACGAGGGAAGAAGGAGUCGAGGAACCCAGGCAACCCUCCGCCGCGGAACAACUACUGGCGGGAGUGUUCAACACCGGCCUGGAACGCCUCCUCCUAGUACUCGAUUUCGUACAGACGAGGGACAGAAUAACCGAACUCGAUGCAUGGGAUGCUCUAGAUGAUCCCGGAAAUUACGACGAUGCCGACCCCUAUUAUCGACCUGACGAAGGAGGCGAUGGCUAUCAAGGACCCUAUGAUUACUAG